GUCGUUCCUACCAUUCCUUCACGUCACCGGUCACGAACACGAACACAGAGCGGGCCCACCCAGAGGCUCUUCGUAUCUAAUCCCUCUCCAAGCCCACCUCGCAAGCCCGACCCCAGCCCGAAUCGCCACUCGGGCCCAGCAGCAAACCACUCGCAGCCCGUCGUCCCCUCAUUUCCACCACCCCCACCUCCCAAGGGCCGAACUCCAUCAAUAAUGCGCCUACCCUCGCCUUCUCCGUCCAGAAUGCCCGCGUCUACGUCCGCACCCGCCCCCUAUCCUAACUCCGCACGUCCCCCGAGCCCAUAUACGCCAGUGCAGCCAUUGGGGUACACCUAUAGCCACCACGAGCGCCAUAAUUCCUCGUCUACGCGUCCGCGGCGGCAUUCAGACGUGCCACCGCCGCCGCCGCCGAAGCACCAUCCCACGUCGGGGUCGACGCGCCAUCAGCCACAGACCUCCGCCAACGGUGCGACGGGCGCAGUUCACCAUUUCUCAAGCACCCAUAGGCUUCGUCCGCCGCCGUCUCCUGUCAUCCCUGGAAUCACAGGCUCGACUUCAAUCCAUCACACACCCAGCUCGCAGCGCCUUCGCCCAUCGACGUCGACGCCCGCCGUGGCACAGCUGCAUCCUGCGUUGCACCAUCCCGCCGGUGCUGGUGGUGUGCAACGGGCCAAGAUCCGGCCGCAGGGCGUGCGGUUCGAUGUCCCCGAAACACCAGUGACAUCGAUCCGGCCGACUGUGAACGGGAGACAUCCGCAUCGGCGGGCGACCUCGCAGCCCGUCGUCGCGCCCAACGCUCCUUCUGGCUCUACACCCAACUCUGCGCGCGCGGAGCCGCCAAGGUCGGCGUCGACGCCGUCGAGCAAGACGGUGCAUCCGAACGGGCUGCACAGUGUCCUUCCCGCGCAUUCGCCGCUGCAUUAUUCCAAAUGCACGGGCACCAAGAAGGCGCUGUUGAUUGGGAUCAACUAUAUUGGGCAGAAGCGGGAGCUAAAGGGGUGUAUCAAUGAUGUGAGGAAGAUUAGGGAGUUUUUGAUCAAGCACUGGGGCUACCAACCUAACGACAUUGUCCUACUCAUGGACGACACGACGCACCCACGGCGCAUGCCGACCAAGAAGAACAUGCUAGAUGGCAUGAAGUGGCUCGUCAAGGGCGCACGACCGCAUGAUUCGCUAUUCUUUCACUACUCGGGCCAUGGAGGCCAGGUCCCGGAUAAGGACGGCGACGAAAUCGACGGGCUGGACGAGGUGAUCUACCCGGUGGAUUACAAGACGGCAGGGAUCAUUGUUGAUGACGAGAUGCACAAGAUCAUGGUCAAGUCGCUCCCGCCGCAGUGCCGGUUGACUGCUAUAUUCGACUCAUGCCACUCGGGCACCGCUCUCGACCUGCCUUACGUUUAUCAUCACGAUGGGCGCCUCAGGGGCAAUCAAGUCACGCCGGCGUGGCGCGAGUACAAGAGCUCGUCGGCCGAUGUCAUUUCGUUUACCGGGUGUCGCGACGACCAGACGAGCGCAGAUACGAACCAGGGCGGGGACGCUGUCGGGGCUAUGAGCUGGGCAUUCAGGGAGUCUCUGUCGAAGAACAAAGAUCAGAGCUACCAGAGCCUUCUCAUGUCCAUCCGAGCCCUGCUGAAAGAUAACUACAAGCAGAAGCCGCAGCUGUCAAGCUCGCAUCCUAUUCACACGACGCUUCGUUUCAUCAUGUAAACCACCUAUACCCUUUCUCGCUAUCGGCAUCGCAACGUAACGACCCAAGAACAGUAUUUAUCAUCAAUGUAUACCCAUUGAAUCGUAAC